GGUUGAACGGACAUCAUCUCUAUCAUGAGUCCUACUAACCGUUUAAAGGUCAACUCGAAAAAUGAUCAUCGGAGGGCUAGAAUUCAACCAGCUCUGGAAAAUUUUGAAAUGUGGGCGAUGUUCUCACUCAUACGCUCUACUAUUUCAUAAAAUAUGUCUGAAAACUCUGGCACAACAGGACGCAUAGAGGGCGGUGAAUGCUGCGUUUCAGGAGAGUCACUGCAAGAUCUCAACUGGGUUUGAUUGCUUUUUGUUCAGAGACUGCAAUUUCUGUCUCAAUUGAGCUGUGAAAAGUUAAAACCCUGGCACAGCUGUCGAGGAACACAGAGGACCACAGAAGUUAAUAAGUGGAUUUGAUCGGGUUUCCUCCUUUGAAAAGCUGCGUUCUAGAAGAAUCACCUCAAGAUCCCAACUGGGUCUGAUCGUUUUUGCCUCGAAAACCAUCUUUGCUUUACCAAUUGAGCUCUGAUUCACAUGGGUGAUGCUCGUAACCAUGAACCCAAAGAGGAUUCUUCAGCCCAAACCCUACUUCUUGGUGUGAAUCGAACCCAUGAGGAAGUAGAAGAAGAAUGGUCCAACACCCACCUCGAUGAGACCCUUCAACGGUUAGAGUCGUUUCUAUGCGUUCUGGGCUUCCACCAAUCCUCUGUAUUGAGUAUUGGGCUCUCGUGGACUGUGUUUUUUGUUAUAGGCGUGUUGCUUCCAGUUGUGGUGCUUGAGCUCUCCAAUUGUGAGGGGUGUGACAAGUAUCAAAUCAAGGAUUUCGAGCUCGAUAUUGUGGCUUUGCAGGCGUGCCUCGCGGCUGUUUCUUUGCUUUGUCUUUCUCAUAAUCUUCGAAAGUAUGGUAUCCGGAAAUUUCUCUUUGUUGAUCGGUUCAGUGGCCAGAUGGUUCGGUUUCGGGACGAGUAUGUGCAGAAAAUUACGGGUUCAUUACGGUUGCUUGUGUCAUGGAUAUUGCCAUGUUUCUUGCUAAAGACUGCACGUGAAGUCAUUCGCAUGUUAUAUGUACAACAUGAAUCAUGGUGGCUGUCUGUUGCUAUCUUGUUAGCUUUGAUUGUGUCAUGGACUUAUGUUUCUAUGAUCUCUCUAACAGCCUGCACCUUGUUUCAUUUGGUCUGCAAUUUGCAAGUUAUCCACUUUGAUGAUUAUGGGAAACUGUUGGAUAGUGAAUCUGAUGUUUUGGUAUUUAUGGAAGAGCACAUUCGUCUAAGACAUCACCUCUCUAAGAUAAGCCACAGAUUCCGAAUCUAUCUUCUUCUGGAAUUCUUGGUUGUCACAGCAAGUCAAUUUGUAACACUAUUCCAGACCACAGGAUAUAGUGGAAUAAUUACUUUCAUAAAUGGUGGUGAUUUUGCAGUCUCCUCACUUGUUCAGGUUGUUGGGAUAAUUCUUUGCUUGCAUGCAGCCACAAAAAUUUCCCAUAGGGCCCAAGGCAUUGCAUCACUGGCAAGCAAAUGGCAUGCUUUGUCAACAUGCAGCUCUACUGAUACAUCUCAAUUGAGAACUUCAACUAGUACGGGAAAUUUAGAGGCUUACAAUAGACCGAACUCACUUCAUAUAAACUAUUCUGAAAGUGAUUUGGAGUCACUGGAUUAUGUCGUUAUGCCUACAAGUGCACAAUUGGCUUCAUAUAUGUCCUCAUAUCACAAGAGACAAGCAUUUGUGAUGUAUUUGCAGAACAACCCCGGGGGAAUCACUAUAUUUGGAUGGACAGUGGAUCGGGCUCUCAUCAAUACAAUCUUCUUUAUUGAACUCUCACUGAUCACCUUUGUACUAGGGAAGACCAUAGUUUUCUCUUCACAGUGACAAUUUCUGUUGGCUUUGUUCAUGGCUACUCAACAGGCAUUUUCUCACCAUGUCUAUGAGAGGAAAUCAACUAGAAUUCAGGACCGUCAUGAGUUGAAUAUCAUGGUCACUUUCUGGGCAUUCCGAUCUUCUUGGCUGCUGUGCUGCUAGGCUGCUAGUCUUAAUUUAAUCGAUAGGUCUCUGCUCUUUAGCGUUUGAUCCCCUGAAAACAGCCACUGAAGAAGGCUGCAACAGAGAACCGAUUUGCAGUGCAACUGUGCAGCUUUUGGGCAUGACCAUGGUUUCCAUGCCUGUGUAUAUGACAAGGGGGAAAAGAGAUCAGACCAAGAAUUCCCCGGACAAGGGAAUUCUGUUGUAAGAUAGAAUCUGAUUUUGGAUGAUCAUUACUUGAAGAAAAAUCUCCUGAACAGCUAAACUCAACCUUACUUUCGUGACAUCCCUACCUCCUUUCUUUCUGUUGCAUCAUCUCCUUCUUUCUACUCACUAGAGUCCAUUGGUGGGUUUGGAGUUUGAUUUGUGCAUGUUGUACGCUAUACACUCGCAUCCACCUUCUAUUAAAUCACCUCCGCCAGCCAAACUGCAUUGCAGUGGGUUUUUCCUUUUUUU